AUGAAUUUAAAGAAAAAAGCAGUCGGCUUCGUGAUCGAGACAAAUAGCAGCGGAGGACGUGGAAAAACUACGCCAGCAGCAAAAAGAAAAAACAAAAAGGAAAAAACGUCGGUCAAAGGGGCUUGCAGUGCAGAGCAGCGAGGAGAAACUGUUCCGGGUACUGUCGUCGAUUCUGUGUCUGGGUGGUCACCGACUACAAAAGCACUUGACACGCAUGUUGAUGAUCCUUCUGGCCGACCGCGCUCCGACAAUACGAAUUAUCAUGCGGAUGACGAAGACUACCAGAAUCAACAAACCGAGCAGGACGAUACAGAUGAGGGCGCGGCUGCAACUUCCGAUUGUUCUGAGAGCACGGAGGACGCAGAAGACGGAGUGGACGAAGAUGAAGAGACCAGCGACAAGGUUGAACUUGAAGACAGCGAGUCGGAAUUUUCUUCCUUUUUGGACAAGAACUACAUUGAAGUCGAGCUUGACGAACAGCUCCUCCACACUCUGUUGAAGCUGGAACAGGCCUACUCCACAAAGCUCCUCAGCGUCCGCACGCUGUCGGCGAGACGCCUAUCUUCUUCGGCAACUACAUCUGGAUCAACUACAGCAGCUACAAAUCUUCCGGUAGUUGUUCCACUCUCACGAAAAAUGGACGACAUCAAGGCCAACCCUGCGGCUUUCGUCACUGAUAUCGCGUCUGCAAACCGGAACGGGUUUUCCAGUUUUUCCGUUCGGAAGCUUCUCAAGCCGCUUCCCCUUUCCGGCGGCGACAUCGAUUUGAUGCUGGUCAAAUUCAAACAGGGAGCGGACUAUGCGGGCGGGGCGCCCAGCAACGUGAGCAAGGUGAUUCCGGCCUGCCUAGAGAUGGGGGAUCUGGUGCUGUUACUGGACUUGGUGCGCCAAAGGUCGAAGGGAGCUUUUGCGUCCGUGGAGGAUGUGCUCGACCGGGUUCUCAUGUAGUAAAAAAGAAAAAUGGUCCGUCUCAACGGCCACGCCACAUAGACAUAUCUCAAAAAAAAUGAAGAAAAAUCAUAGAUAUGAGAUCGGCCCUGACAUAGAUCCAUAAAUGCUCCCGGAAGACGAUAUGACGUUUUCUGUAUGAUGCUGGAAGUACAAGUAGAUCUUUAGGAUCGCGGCAGUUCAGGGAAAAUGAAACUACACUGGAACAAAUGGAGCCAAGUAGUCAAAACAAGUAGAAGUGUCUGGCUCAG